AACGAUUGAUAAUCAAACUUUGUCAAAGUUACUUUGAUUCAAUUUCUAUUGGAGAAAUUUUUUUGUUUACUAAUUAACUAAUUGUUUUUCUUAAUUUAAUCGUUUACUUGAUUAACUUUUCAACGAUUUAAUAAUUGUACAACUGUUUGUUUGUUCAUCUUGAGGGUUUAUUCGGGUGUUUUGGUUCUUUUUUGCUUUUGAAAUGUUUUCUGUCCCAUCAAAAAUUAUCAAUCGAUAUUCAACAUUAUCUCUGUUUAAAAGAUGUUUGAAUGAUCACAAAUUACCUUAUCCAAAAUUGUCCAAGGAGGAAAGAGAAGCUCUAACUAGUCUAUCGUUGACCGAAAACCUUCACAUUCAGCUCGAAGGGAUGCCUGCUAAAGAAUUCGCUGAUGUUGAUCCAGAUUCGGAGCCAUUUAAUCACAUCUAUCAAGGAGUCGAUGAUAAAGGUUUUUUCACGAAAGUUGAAAAUGUUACCGAUAAAGAUCCUGAUCGAUGGUUUUGGGUUGAAAGGUUAUUGGUUAAAAAGAACAUCUCAUCUUAUCCAACAUUAACUUCAAAGGAUAAUAAUCAAAGUAAAUCAUUUCCUUCAGGUUAUCAACCAGUUAAUCAAAUUAUACCCGAUUUACCUUAUUUUAUUGGACGAACAAGAAAUGGCCUUUAUCCCGUUUUCAAGAUCGUUCAUUUCAAUCAGAACGUAUCAACAGUUGUAAGCCAUAUCGAAGGUGAUGUUUGGUUUGCUCGAAAACAAAUAGUCCAACAUUUGAAAGGGAAACUUAAACCCGAAAAUCUAGUUACUGUUAAUGAAGUACAUGGAUCAUUAAGCAUAAGGGGUGAUCACGUUCUCGAUGUAAUUAAUUUUCUAAAGGAAACUGGUUUCUAAUUGUCUUUUCUUUUUUGUAGAAUAAAAUAAUAGUUAAUUAAAGCUUAAUUUGAUUUAAUCCUUUUUGCUCUGUAAGUGAUUGAGAGAGAGAGACAAAGUUGAUAGUUGAAUGAGCCUUAGCUUUUAUUCUAAAUCAUGAACCAUUGAAUUAAAUGAAAAUGUUUUUUCUUCUUUAAAGUUGUUGGAACAAAUUAAAUGAGGUCAUGUAGCUUUGACAAAAAA